AUGGAUCCCUCGUUCAUAUUCCGCCACUGGAGCAAGAAGAACAUAGGAAUAUUGAUGAAAUCAACGGCGACAAUUGAAGAUGUAGAUGGCGAGUGUUCAUUCAAAGUAUCUGGAAUAGCUUCAAAGAGCUGCCCGAUUGCUGCACACUAUCGUGUGGCCUUGCGAGCCAUCAACAAGAAAUUUGGACUCUACAGGAAGAUCGUGAUUCACCUGACCGACUCUCGAAAUAAUCUGGCUAUUCAACUCCGAGAUACAUACCUUUCAGUCAUGGACUACAUGCACAAUGUCCGCAUCGCAUUUUUCGUGGAUGCUCGAGAUUCUGCAGAUCCACUCGAAGCUGGGUUUAGGUCGCCAGCACUGGAUUACUAUCUAUGGUUGGACCACAAAGUCGGCGGUUUUCAUGAUAGGAGUCGUGAGACUCUGGAAAAGGACCAUAAUGUAACCUUAAGGUCCCUACAGAAUCGAGAGUGCGAAGAUAUCAUAGCAUUACUUGAUUGGAGUGCCUACCACAUGACCAAUUGUCAUGAGCAUGAUCUGUGCGGUGCAUUUCAGGGCUGUGUGUCCGAAGAGGAUCUUCAAAAGCUGCUACAUGCAGUCGAUUGCUCUAUGGAUGGAAGUACCGUGGCAAAGGUAUCACGAAGUCCGACACCUGUUCAUUCAAUGGACCAGCCUCAUCAAAAAAUAUUAGUAACAGAUACCACGCAGGUCGAUAGUCAGAUAGUGUUGGAUCCAGUUGAUACAGUCAUGAAUACACCUCUCGCUCCCAAUGAAUCUGCCAGCAUUGCCAUAUCCGGUUCCAGAGAUAAAGCCAGCAGUGUAAAUCAGAAAAAUGAGUUGUCAGAUGUUGCGAAUGACAAAUCACAACGGUCCACUGCUGGAGAUGCUGUUGAAUGUGAUACUUGUGUCACACAUUCUGACGAAAUUGCAAUGUCUGAAUUUUCACCAACGUCCGUCUUGAAGCCCUUCCCACUUCCAUUCGACUGGGUUUACUGCAAGCGGGCCCUUCGUACUAUGGGUGUCAGGAGCACCCGUGUUGAUAUUUCACGGUGGUUGAUUGCACAUAUUGUCGUCCGAUUGAGAGAACUCCAUGGACUUGACGAGGAUACCCCUCUUGACGACGCGCUUCAAAAAGGGUCUGUGACUCAAGCCACCUAUCAGGAAUACUGCGAAUUAUAUGGCAUGUCACAUUUCCUGAACGCGACACAAACGAUUCCACAGGAGCGGCAGAGUAUGGCACAGUUCUUCAUUUCUGCUGCUCGUGGUUUUUUCCUUUCAAGCAUUCAUGUUGAUUGUGCUGUCCAAUGUGAUUCAGAAGCGUGUGGGACACCUGUGGAUUACAUUGCAGAAGUGCAACCAACUGUAGUCGAUGCAAAAUAUUCUACAGGUCAAUGGCAGAUACAAUCGCACGGUGGAGAGCCAGUGCUCACGCUGGAUUUUGAUAAUCCUUGCUUGUCUGCUGCCGACUGGAUGCUAGCGGGUGGCGAUAUUUCCGAUCACCAAUCUGCUGUGCACACUUCACAUAUCACCCAUCCCAGUGACAUGUUGACAGAUACACCCAGUGAUACAGAUUCCAUCCCUCUGACGAGAUUGAGAUCAAGGACUCUCAAGAACGACAAGCCCACUAUGCCAUCAAAAAAUGAUGUCGAUUUUCGCCCUAGCCUCGGAAGACCCGUCGUAUUUGCUGCUACACGACAACGGGCAAAAAAGAAGGCGAGGAUCGCAAUGCCAUCAGUAGCGAAUUACACCAUAGAGGAUCUUAUGAGUUCAUCUCAGAUCAAUUCCACAGCUAUUCCGCCAGUGGUAGCUUCCGCCCUGAUGACAGAAUCCCUGUCUGAAGCUGUCAGUACUGCGGCGUCAUCGUUUAUGAGAAUUGAGUUGUGGCUUCGAGAUGUUGCCCUCGAGUGCAAGGAUGCAUUAGAGACGAAGGAUAUGUUACUAUCCCCGUUGGCCCAUAAUGUGCUGCUUGAGCUUUCCACUCGUGCCUCACAUGAUGCGUCAUCUUUGAAAAGUGAUUUGGAGAAUUAUGUCUCGGAUAACAGCACAUUGAAAUAUGUGAUGACCGUGAUUCAAUUCUUGUGCAAGCUGCGACUGUCGAAGUCGGGCGCAGACAUACAGUAUGAAGCUGGAUUCAGGUUAUUGGCCACGAUUGUGAAGGACAAUCAGAGGGACAUUCCAGCAUGA